AUGGCCGCCAAUCCCAGCGAGAUCUCGCCCCUUCGCAGUUUCACCCACUACAUCACCGGUCAUGACGCCGAGGGGAAGGCAUUGAUUCACUCAUCCACCCCGAGCCAGUGGCAGACAUUUGAAGGUGCCGCCACGGCCUUUGAUCUCAUCUACACGACCGGCCAGUUCCCCGUCAAUCUCAAUGGCGAUGCCGACAUCCGUGCUCACGAGCAGCUCAUCCAGUCCGGCCAGCUAGGUCCGGUCAAUCCGAACGGGACCGUGUGUCGCGUGGUCGACUUUGGUCCUCACAACCUGUUUCUCAUGCAUCGCACACAGAGCCUCGACUACGGGGUGGUGCUGGAAGGUGAAAUGGAGAUGCUGGUCGACGUAGGCGACCCUGUGCUCAUGAAACGGGGAGAUGUAAUCGUGCAGCGGGCGACUUUGCAUGGCUGGCGCAACCCGAGUGAGACGGAGUGGGCGCGCAUGUUCUUCGUCUUGCAGGAGUGCCAGCCAGUAACCAUCGGCGGAAAGGAGUUGAAAGAGGAUCUAGGCUUUGCUGCUGAAGAAGGCAUCAUCAAUUCUAGUAGAAAUGAUCAAUAA